AUGUCGUCCAACGCCUCGAAAACCGGGACGCCGGCGUCGUUACCGGCAGAGGACGUUACCAUGACGUCGCCGGAUCGGCUGACGAACCUUGGCACCUCCGCCUUCCUCACCCCACCCUCCUUCGAGCGCCCUAGCGCGGCGAGCGAGCUGGGGUCCAGCCAUGUGCCACUACCGCCACGUGUGCAGGACCUCGCCAACGUCGUGUUGCCCCCCGCCUCCACUGAGGCUCGCGUGGGCAAUGCGCAUUCCCACGCGCUGCGGCCGCUCGAGAUUGUAGAGUCGAUCAAAGGUUUGCACGAGCUGCAUCAGAAUGGCGGACUCACAAGGGAGGAGUUUGCUCAGGCGAAGCAGCAGAUCCUGGACUCGGGUGCGUCCUCGGCGUCCACGUACAAGAGCAAGUCAAAGCGGUCGCGCGGGCGCCGCCACCGUCGCCGUAGUCGCCGUUCGCGCAAGAGCUCGCGCUCGACCUCUACAUCAACUCGCACGCGGCCGUCCCGCGAUGCCCGCUCGCGCGCCACCACCGGUGUUGACACCAGGAGUGCCAGCCACCGCCCCAGCCGUUCCUCGUCCUCGUCGUCGUCAUCGUCGUCAUCGUCGUCGUCGUCCAGUAAUCGCUUUAUUAUUGUGCCGCGCUCCAACGUGUGGCGCACCCUCAACGAUCCCAUCGAGGAGGGCUUGCUCGGCCACCAUGAGCGCGUCGCAUACAACGACGCGCCGCGGCUCGUGCGCUCCCCGCUGGUGACCAGGGGGGGCGCUGUCGUGGGAUUUGGCAGCCGUGAGAGAGGGGGGUCAGAGGAGUAUUGCGCCGGCGCGCACGGGCGGCACGGCUACCAGGUGAUUCCUUCUGAAGACCCUCUCACAAGCCACGUAGCCAGUGGCGCAGCGGUACCGCCGUCAAUGCUAGCCCUUGCACCAGGCACCAAAGACGCCACCCUCGCUUCCCCCAGCGGCAGCGCUAUGGGCUUCGCGACUGCACCGACAGUCAGCCGCGGCAAGGCCAAGUAUGGCGCCUUCUUGCACCGGGACGAUGGAGCUCGCGCCGGCGGCCCGGCACCGCACAUUCACGCGGUACUCAACAAGGAGGAUGUCGUGUGCAUUCAAUACUUCAACAGCCGCGGCGGCUCUGGCAAUCACUUCCGCGACGUCGAGUUACACGCCUCCCAGCUCCGUGACCCGAUCUUCGUUCACAAGGGACAGUCUCAGGUCAUCCCAGCCAAGCCGCGUACCUCCGUCACCAAGCCCAGCCCCGACGAGCCAGUCAUGAUGGCGCUGCCGACCCGAGAGUCGCAGGUCUUCCAGCUGGCAGAGAUGACGCUGGAGGAGCGCCGCGCCUGGGAGGAGAUGACGACGACGCACACCUCUUCCUCCACUUCCCGCAGAGCCAAGUCCUCGUACUUUGAGCAGAGCUUCAACUGGUAUUGGGUGGACGUGACGGGCAGAGACACCAGCCGGCAACAGUACAACGCGACACUGCGCUACCUAACCAACCGCUUCAAGUUAUGCGAUUCGUUCCUCGUCGAUCGCGAGCACACGCUGGUGCUGCCGCAGGUGUGCGAGUCGCCCAACCACGCUGGCCAGUACCUGCUCAACCUGCGUGUGGCGACCGAAAAGAUCGCCAUCUCCGACGACAGCGUGAUGGAGCUGACGAAUCGGUGGAUUAUCGUUGUGGACCUGAAGCAGCACAUCGUCAUCACCCUGCACCGCGUCGACACGCACAGCAUGGCAAACCUGCGCUCACAGUGGAAGCGGGUCAUCGAGAACAGCAACGUGUCCUUCCAGGAGUUCCUUCUCAAGAUCAUCGAUGACGCCAUCUACACGUACCACCUCAGCCUCGACGUGCACACGGCGCUCCUUGAAAAAUGCGAAGCGAAGCUGUUCGUGGAGAAGCGGGCCGUGACGACGCCGGAUGUCUCCUGCCACUACAUAGAUAAGCGAAUUCUGCACCACUUCGCCGGCAGCUCGCGGUCGCCGUUUUUGCGCCGACUGCUGGACGAGCAGGACCGCUCGCCAAUGAACAAGGGGGAGAUGAACAACUUCCUGCACCACCUGCACCGUCGUACGAACGUGCAGCACCGGAUGAUCAACGUCACCCAGGCGGUUCUGGCCAAGGCGUUCACGAAGCUGCGGCUGUGCUCGCGUGAGAUGGAGGGGCAGAUGUGCGCGUCCUGCAUUGAGAUUAGCGACCGCGCCCUGGAGGUGCGGGAUGACGCCAAGACGCUGCUGAACCUGCACAUCUCCCUGCAGAGCUUCCGCACCACUGAGCUGAUGGCCGUGCUGACCCGUGUGACGAUGCUCUUUACACCGGUGACGUUCCUGGCUGGCGUGUAUGGCAUGAACUUCCAGAAGAACUUCCCGGAGCUGACGUGGGACUACGGCUACGCCUUCUUUUGGGCCCUGUGCAUCAUCCUGGUCAUCGCCAUGCAUGUCCUCUUUGUGCGCGAGCACUGA